UAAAGGCCCAAAGACAAUGGGAGAAAAAGAAAAGAGCGGAAGAAGCUAAGCAAGAGCUCAAGGAAGCCAGGAGGAGAACGCAGGAAAAGUAUGAGCAGAAGAAGUUGGAGCGUGUCAAGAACAUGCAAGCAUCCAAACCAAAGCCGAGCGAGGACAAACCGGAGCUUGGGCAGUCAAGAAGUGGCGAGACGCUUGGAGGCGAGAUCCAGGUGGCCGAGCAGUUCGGAGGUAGUACUAAAGUUCAAGUGGAGGGCGAAGAAGUUGAGGAACAUCAUAGCCCUGCGAUCAAAGGAGAGCAAAAACAUGGUAGCAAUGGCGAGGUUCAAGUCGGAGAGGAAGAUGAGAAAUCUGGAGGCGAACGGCAACAGGCACGAGAACUUAUGGAGGCCCAAGAGGACGAACCCGAAGCAAGCCAUCAAAGUGACGUCGAAAUACGUCUGCCUCCUAAUCAAGAAGUUGCCUACGAGGCCAAUAUACUGAACCCAGAAGAGGUAGUAGAGCCCGCCGAGAAUCGCGUCGAACCUUCGUUUGGCGACUUAUAUGACCAACAGGUACAGAUGCCCGACUGUCGACUUCGCACGUACUAUCGAUUCAAGCCGCCCAGGACCCUAAAUUCGCCGACAAGAUCUGAACCUUGGAAGCUGCCGUCGCUGCAAUUUCCACAGCAACUUGAUCAACAACCAGACUUACCGCUUCCAUAUUCUACUGGGCUCCAGUACAUGAACCAACGGCGACGGGAACGAAAUGUAACGAACUUAUUCCAAUAUCGAUCUUUUCCGUCAUCGCCAAUCUGCGAGCCAGUGAACCUUUUUUCAGCGGAGCAAACAGGACAUGCUAUCACUCUAGAGCAAUAUGGCGAGUCACCGAAGCCGGAGCCUCGGCGGCUCUGGUACUACACCGAGGCAGUACUUAACAUACCGAAUGAUCCCUAUCCGUUGACACUUCCGUUGCCUCAAUCAGAACUAGCUCCACAGGCUCACACAGAAGACGAUUCGUCAGACCCAGGAGCGACACCAGCGCAACAAGGGAGACUAGAGACGCCGCAAAUGGCCACCUACCCUCAAUCAAACGUAGCUAGUGAGGAUACCCGGCAUACGCCAGUUGAUAAUAGACAGCGGGCAUGGUUACCGGAUCCGCACUAUUUGCCAUUGACAUCUGCCCAUCAAGGAUCGAGACAGCCCCGGCGAUCGAUGACUGUUGUAAUUAGACACACAUCAGUUCAACGACCGAUACGACGCUAUUUUCCCAUUGAUCACGACGCCGCAACACAAGUAGAUGAACUGGUGGACGGACGAACGAACGGGACACCGCCUGAACUAACUAGGUGGCUAGAUGAACAGUCGAUUGAGCAGCCGAAUGGACAAGGAGACGAGCAAGCCAACGAGCACCUACAAUGGCAAGGAGGUCCUUUACCAAACGGUCUACCAAACGGUCUACCAAAUGGUCUACCGAGACCAAAUGGGUUGCCAAAUGGACAACUAUAUGCACAACGGGAUAGACAACGGGAUAUAUUCACACAAGAGCAACCAGCUAGAUUAGUAAAUGGCCAACUAUACAGCCAAGUAAAUGGGCUCGCAAAUGGGCUACCAAAUGGGCUACAAAAUGGAUCACCAAAUGGAUCACCGAAUAGUCUUCGGAAUAGUCCACCGCCUAGUCGACCGAACAGAUCACCAAAUUUACGGUGGAAUGAGUGGAGUUAUGUGAACAGGCAAGGGAACGGACGGACACAGCAACACCAACACAGGGACAACACACCAAGGGACGAUCCUGCCGAACUAAAUAGCCUGUCUGAUAGUUAGGAAGAUAGGGGCAGAGCUCCAUGUAGGUGUACUUGCUCGGGCAAUCAAGGUCAUCAUGGCAGGCGACAUCGAGCCAGGCCCAGGUUCAGCGAUGAGGACGUAGAUGAAAUAGUUUGGGAGCUGCGAGUCAUCAGUCGACGAGUAAAUGCGAUUGUGACUCGGUUGCGGCGCCGAGGGGAAAUAAGUCAUUGAGAAUAUAAAUAAUAGCGUGGUGUAUAAGUAGCGGGUGUAAGUUUCAUUGGGACCUACGAUUAUAUCAGGGUAGAAAAUAACAUUAAUAUUGCGGUUCAGGAGUUGGAAUUUGGAUAUGUGAUAUUAAAAAGAAAAAUAUACGAGGUAUGAUAGGAAAGAAGAGAAAAGGAAAAGGGGGUAAGAGGUAUGUUACCUAAGGCAUUUAAGCAUUUAGGUACCUCUAAAUAGUUAUGCAGGUAUAGGAAGAUUAUAUCGUCGUCACUGC